UCGCUUUCAUCAGUGAAGUGUGCGGGUCGGCCCGCACUUCAGCAUGCAGCCUUCCUGGUACGCCCAGUAGCAGCGCAUCGAUCGGCGGCGUCUGUGCAAGCUACAAUCUCAGUGCAGGUUUAUCUUGAGCCCAAGAUUCGCAAGUAUUCAAAUUAUUCUUACGAAUUUUUUCCGGUGCCCGGAGAAGUUUCGCGGAGCGACCGAGGAUGGAGCGUCAGUGUCGUUCAGGAUACAAAGCAUAUAAAUCUUCGCAAGCGUCGGUCAUUUUCUUUCCAAAAAGUGUAGUAAAGUAAUUCCGAACCAGGAGGUCAACCGGAAAGCUGUAGUUUCAUAUUCUGGUAUUACUGGUGUCGUUCAUAAUAUUCAGACUAACUGAAUAUCUAUGGUCAAUGCUUUAUUAGAACCCUAGCAGUAGCGCAAGAAAAUUGUUGUACAACUAUAUCUACGAUUUUUUUUUCUGCAAGCAUUUACAUGUAUAGAGUACUUUCGGAUGGCAUACUAAUUUUUCGGUUUUCUAUACUCAAUGGUACUUGAAGUCCCACCUGAUAAGGCUGGAAAAUCGCACUGAACUUAUUCCCACUUUCGCGUCACCAUGCCAGUGCUAAGAAGGGACGGAAACUGGUGCACAAAAUCACGAAUCUCGGAAAUGGGUUCAAAAUCCGACGAUACUUCAUCAAAGAUUGACCCUCUGCCCUGGCUGGCAGAUAACCACCCGUCGCCCUUCAGUUUCCUUCGAGAGCUCGUCAUUUCGUUUUACAACAGUGCCUCUGCCGCAAUACACGAGGACGAGCAUGGGGAAAGACAGAGCGGAAAUGUGGAGCGCGUCGGACAUGCCGUAAAGGCGCGAGUACGAGCGCCCGACAGCCCACCCUCGCGCUAUCAGCAGCCUUGUCUCUAUAAGCGGAGAAACAACGAGGUUUUUGCUUAUCCGUCGUCCGCAAGCUGACAGUGCGGCCCGGGUCUGCGGUGCGGGCGAACGCCGUGUAGGAUAAUACGGCCUAACGGAGAGCGGAACUGAAACUACGAAGCGCGCGCACUGACUAACAAGCAAGCGCCAUGAGUGCGCCGUCAACAGCGUCGACACCCAAGAUCGACCUGCAUGCUCACGUGACUCCUGACCGGUGGCCCAACCUGAAAGAGCGGUAUGGAUACGGCGGCUGGCUCGAGAUCAAGCACGAGGAUGAAAAGAGUGCCGUGCUGAGCUACGACGAUGGCCGCUUCUUCAGGCGCAUUGAGCCCAACUGCUGGGAUAUCGACGACAGGAUUGCUGACAUGGACAGAACAGGUGUCACAGUUCAAGCUCUAUCUACAACACCGGUACUGUUCAGCUACUGGGCCAAGCCAGACGACGCGCUGGACUUCAGCCGGCUACAGAACGACUUCGUGGCUUCGAUGGUUAGCCGACGUCCCGACCGGUUCGUCGGUCUGUGCACCGUACCGAUGCAGAGUCCAGAGCUGGCCGCCGAGGAGCUGAAGCGGUGCGUCAGCCAGCUGGGAAUGCGGGGCGUCAUCGUCGGCUCGCACGUCAACCAAUGGACGCUGGCGGACCGAGCACUCGACCCUUUCUACAGGACCGUCCAGGAACUUGGCGUGGGUGUCUUUGUGCAUCCUUGGGAUAUGCCGCCUUCAACGCGCUAUAACAAGUACUGGCUCCAGUGGCUUGUCGGGAUGCCCGCGGAGACUACAGCUGCCAUCUGUGAAGUGAUCUUUGGCGGACUCCUAGAGAGGUUCCCGAGGCUCAAGCUGUGCUUUGCCCAUGGCGCUGGCUCUUUUCCUUACACUGUGGGGAGAAUACAGCACGGCUUCGACGUGAGACCUGACCUUUGUGCUGUGGACAACAAAGCUCCCCCGAAAAGUUACCUGGGCGAGAUCUAUGCCGAUUCGCUAGUGCACGGCCACGGCGCUCUAAGGCUCCUGCUGGAUACACUCGGAGAGGAUCGAGUGAUGCUGGGCAGCGACUACCCGUACCCACUGGGGGAAAUAGAGCGACCUGGAAGACUGAUUGAAACCAGUGGCUUGCAAGAGUCACUCAAGGAGAAGCUGCUAUGGAAGAACGCCGCAAGCUUUCUUGGAAUCGAAAUGACCCCGGAAGGCGUCAGAACCCGGACGUAGGAGCACGCUUGUCGAAGCUGUCCUCAAUAAAGUUGUAGCUAUACA